UAACUGAGGGGCAGGACCCAAAAUGUGAACACCAGCUCAGUCCACCUCAACCCGUGCAACUGGCGGAUUUAGUUAAGCUUGGUGCAUCAUACUAUAUGCUUGACCCCGAUAGCGCCGAAGAUCAAAAGAAACUAGAGGAUAUCAAGAAAGAAAGAGGAUUCGUUUACGGGGAUGACAUUACUAUCACGAAGGAAUCGCUUGGAGACAAGUAUGAUGCAACGAUAAAGUCGUUUUUCACGGAGCAUCUCCACGGAGCAGACGAGAUUCGUUAUAUCCGCGACGGCAGCGGCUACUUCGACGUGCGAGACCGCGGUGACAAGUGGGUGAGGAUUCACGUGACGAAAGGUGACUUGCUCAUCCUACCUGCCGGCUUAUACCACAGAUUCUACCUGGACUCUAAGGAGUACAUUAGGGCGAGUCGAUUCUUCAUUAAUGUACCUGUGUGGACACCCUUCAACAGGCCAGCUGAGGAUCACCCGUCACGUGUAGCCUAUGUGAACAAAAUGAAGUGCUAAACCCUUCCAUCUCGUAAUCCGGCGUAUCUUCUGGUUGUAGUUGUUUCAUAUAGACGAUGUGUACGGGUUUCAGCCGUGGAAGACGCGUUUACUACUCGUGGUAUGGAUUGUUCUCAUCUUUGCGAACGAUAUUCAUCAAUCAGGCUUGUGUUUGUUAAACGUGCAUGUCGAUUUUCGAUCCGUCAUACUUGCAUCCUAGACUAAAUAAUAAAAUCCGUUUGUAAAACCUGGUGAAAUUUAGAUAUGAAUACACAGUUAAUAUUAAUAAACCUACCAACUGAUUAUUGUGUGUUUAUUUGAAUGAA